AUGACACGCCCCCUCCCGCGCCGCACCGCCGCCGGCCGCGCUCGCGGCUUCCCCAAUCCCGCGCAGGUCGCCCCCAACGCCGCCCCUGCCGCUGCACUGGGCGCCGUCGCCGCCCCUGCCACUGCGCUUGACGCCGACGGGCUCCACCACGAGGAUGCGCCCCUGUUUUUCUCCAGUGACCAGCAGCAGGCAGUUCCUCACUGCUUCCCAAUAGCUUCACCUCCAGAUACAAGUGAUGAUCUGAUGGAUGAUUUCACAAUCGAAAUAGAAGUUCGGUCGUACUUGACAAUUUUAGAUGGCAGGAAAAUAUACCGAAAGGACCAAAUAUGGGAGUUUGUGGCUGGUCGGGACUUGUCCAUGGCACAGAUCAGGACGGCUGUGGAGAAGAAGUUCCAGUGGUCUGCCGAUCAGAGAAUGACCAUUUGGUAUAGAGCUAACGAUGGUACUGUUCCUUUGAUUUGUGAAUCGGAAAUAGUACAAUUGUUUGAAAUGUCCCCCGAUAAAACAGUUCGGUUUCGUGUCACAAUUGAAAGCAAGCAACAAAGCAAUGAGAGCAAUCAAGGUGUUCCUACCAAGGUUGAUGAGAUGGAUGAUGAGCUGCCUCAUGCUCCAUUCUUUGCUUGGCCUAAACAAGCAUAUGAUGGGGAGUUUGAGGAUGAUGAGCCUGUGGGCAAUGACGAUGAAGAGGAGGCUACAAAUCAUCAUGAAACUGAGCCGAAGGUAAAGAAGCUUCCAUUUGCACAUACUUGUGGAACUUCCAACAAUUGUAACAAGAAAGUGAAAGGUAAAGAGAAAGGAAGAAUGGCAAAUAAGGAUUGGAUUGCUGAUAAAGCCAAGGAGGAUGUCACACUUAGUGCAAAGGCUCUUAAGGAUCAGUUGCAAAAGAAAUAUAAUCUGAAAUUGCAGUAUGCCAAUGUGUGGAAAGGGAGAGAUCAUGCAAUAGGGGAAUUGAGUGGUACAUAUAAAGAGCAUUUUCAACUGUUGUGGAACUUUAAGGCAGAGUUGUUGGCAGCCAACCCAGGAAGUGUAUGUGAAAUAGACAUGAAAUCAGUUGUUAAUAAGAAAGGUGAGAGAAUGUACUUCUUCAAUCGGUUGUUUCUUGCUUUCAAGCCAUGCAUUGAUGGGUUUUUGGGAGGCUAUAGACCAUAUUUGGGAGUUGAUUCAACAUUUCUCACUCGGAAAUACACUGGACAGCUGGCUGCUGCUAUUGCUGUUGAUGGACAUAGUUGGAUGUUUCCCGUUGCAUUUGGAAUAUUUGAUAAGGAGAACACAGAAAAUUGGGUCUGGUUCAUGCAAUAAUUAAAAUUGUGCAUUGGUGAGCCAGAAGGGCUUGCAAUCCAUACAGAUGCAUGUAAAGGGUUGGAGAGUGCCAUAAAAGAAGUGUACCCGAACUGUGAGCAUAGGGAAUGCAUGGUUCAUCUCAUGCUCAACGUCAAGAAGAAAUUCAAGGGAGCUAUACUUGAUAACAUGUGGCCCGCAGCUUGGACCUAUGAAGUUGAGAAGCAUGAGUCCCUAAUGGAAGAGAUAUGUGUUGCUAGCCCAGCAGCAAUAGCCUACUUAAAGGAGUAUCACAACCGUGUAUGGACUAGAAGCAAGUUCUCACCAAUAUGCAAAGUUGAGUAUGUCAGCAAUAACUUGACGGAAGUGUUCAAUAAUUGGAUUAUGGAGGUGAAGCAGCUACCAAUCGUGGAUCUUUUGGACAAACUUAGAGAAAUGGUGAUGCAAAUGAGAGAAAGAAGGAAAAUGGUUGCAGAUGGGCUGCAAGGUACCAUACUACCUAGUGUCAUAAAGGA